UUCCAGCCUGCAGAUCUACAUGUCAAAAGAUGAUUUGGCACAUGCAGUCUUGCUGGUUCUUUAAAAAUAGACACCAAGAUGGUCCCAACUAACUGUAGUGAAAAUAGAAUGCAAAACUACACUUAUAAACACCAAUAUAAACUUUCUUGUCUAGUGGACAAAGUGAAAGUGAAAGUAGAUUUUUAAAUGAGAAAAGAGUAAGAAAUUAAAGAUGUCACUUGCAGUUAAUGAGGUCCUAAAAUAUUGUAAAACAUGUCAGAAAGGUCCGUUUUCAAGUGCUUAUAAUGCUGAAGCUCAUUUUUCAAGUCAACAGCAUAAGGAGGCUGAAGCUAAACAAGUUAGCUUACAAAUUGAUUCAUUGAGUCAUUUCUUCUGUAGAGUUUGUAGUGAACAAUGUAAUGGGCCAAAAUCAUUUAUGGAACAUAUGGCCAGUCCAAGGCAUAAGGUAAAGAUGGACAAAUCGCAACAGUUUCAAGUAUCUUCAGAGCAAUAUGACACUGCAGGGAGACCGUAUGAUUUUGAUGGAAAACGUGGCUAUUGUCACAUCUGCCGUAUAGAUUUAACAUCACCAGAGAAUGCAUCUCAACACCUUAAUGGUGAAAAGCACAAGAAAAAGUCAAACCAAAUGCAAAGCCCCCCUCAACAAACUAGAAAGUGUAAUGCAUGUAACAUAACUUUUCCCGACGAUGCAAGCUCAGAGUUGCAUAUCAGAAAUUUUCAUACAACUAAAAAGACUGAAGCACAAUUAAGUAUGAAAUUGUCAUUUAAUGAAGCAAAUAGUUUCACAUCUUCAUCUUUACAAACCGACCAGCCGAAAUCUGGAGAUGAUCUUGAUAAAUUAUUCCAGAAUUUCCAACUAGAACUGCAGAAUGAAACACCGCCUCAAUCAGUCUUAGAAAAUUUAUCAAAGAGGUCAGGAUAUGGAGAUGCAGAUGUAGAGUUCACAUUUAAUAUAUCCACUGGAUUUUGUAAUGUUUGUCAAGUAGAGCUUACAUCUAUUAAGAACAGAGAUCAACACCUUUCAGGAGCUAAACAUAAAAAAGCAAAAGAAGCAUGGUUUCUACGAAAAAAAAAUGAAACUAGAAGUAUGUCAAAAGUUCAGCCUGAAAGCCAGCAGAGAGCUCAAUUUAGCACUGUUUCGUUAUCAUCACCACUUCAUGAAGAGGUUGAAUAUGAAUUUGAGGGGGAGAGUGGAUUUUGCAAUGUAUGUAAAUUGAAACUUACAUCUAUAGAGCAAGCAAGUGCCCAUCUUAAUAGUGCAUUACAUAAACAAGCAAAGGAAGGCUGGAUGCAGGCAGAUUUAAGUCUUACUAAAAAUAGUGCUGAGCCGUUAUCACCACUGACAAUACCACCACAUUCAUUCAUUCUUCCCAUUCAAAAUAAACCAUUAAACAUGUCAAAAUUAAGCCCUGCAUCUCCAGUAUCAAAGCCAACUCUUAAAAAAUCUGAAGAACCUGAUUACACAUUUGCAGGUAGCAGAGGAUAUUGCAAUAUAUGUGACCUUGAACUGACCUCCAAACAACAUGCAGAUCAACAUUUGAAAGGUGCUAAACAUCACAAGGCAAAAAAUGCAAUGAAUGUCCAAGUUCUAGUACAAGAUGUAGAUCCUGUAGCUCGUCAGUCUAGUACAAGUAGCCAGGAAUACACAUUUAAUGGAAAACAAGGAUUUUGUAAUCUCUGUAAUUUAGAAUUGACAUCAAAAGUGCCUGCAGAUCAGCAUCUAAGAGGAGCUAAACAUGCAAAAAUGAAAAAUGCUCAAGCAGUAAAACCGUCAGUUACCACGGGUAUUUCAGCCAGGUCAGACAUGAGGGGAACUGGAGGAGAAGAAUAUACAUUUAAUGGCUCCAGAGGUUACUGCAAUGUGUGUAAAAUAGAACUGACAUCUAAACUUCAUGCAGAUAGUCAUCUAAAAGGUAAAAAUCAUGCAAAAGCUAAACAUCGUUGGCUACAAGGGAUAACAGAAAAUGUACCACAGUUUUGUGAGAUAUGUCAGAUAGCUUGUAGUGGACCAGAAAGCAUGCACCAACAUCUGGUAAGCAAAAAACACAUAGAGAAGGCUGGUCUGGCCGCUUCAAAUCAAAGUGCUUAUAAUGAAUUUCCAGUUAGAACAGUUGACACGUCAGAUAACACCAAAUGGUUCACUUGUAGUUUUUGUAACUGCAAACUUAAUUCACAACAACAGCUGGAAACUCACAAAAAUUCUCCAAAACAUAAAGCACAGGAAGAAAAGAUGAUUCGACAGUGUACAACAGGCAUUGUAAAUCAACAGACUGGUUUUGAUACAGACAGGAGGUAUAAUCCUCAACAAGGACAAUUAGGUCAAAAUUUAGGACAAAACCUUGGACAUAAUUUAGGACGAGGCUAUUAUGAAAAUGUACCAGAAAAGCAGAACCCCAUGCCUGGAAUAUAUGUAGGCAGUCAGUUCAAUCAUACAAAUUUCCAAUUAAAGUCUUCCACCAUUGUUACUCCUAGUUGUGUCAUACCUUUACCUAAAGUAAAUGGAAUAUCAUCAGAAGUCACAUUGCCACAGGCAGAGUAUUUACCACCAACAUCUGUAACUAAGCAAACAUAUGACAUCACAAUAAAUGCAGUAACUCAAAAUGGUAUCAACGCUUCUGAGGUAGUAGCAGAGUUGCCAGCAAAUCCAGUCAUCAAAAAUGGGGUUAUAAAUUCAAAUUCAAACGAAGAUUUGCCUUCCUUGAUGCCAUUUAGUACUUCGCUGGUAUCACACCUUACCCUUGGAUCAUUGAGAGAUGAUGAAUCUGUUUUAAAAAUAGAUGAUGAAAAAUCAAUGUUUACAAUGGCACGACCAAAGGUGUUCACAACAAAUUUAUCUGACAAAAACAUUAGAGGUCAAGCUGAGGUCAAUCAUUAUCCUCAUCUCACUGAUGAGCAGACAAAUGUUAAAACCAUUCCGUCUAUUGAGAAAUCUCCAAUUAUACAAAGAAAAAGUGAUUUCAAUCUUGCAUCAGCAUCAAAUGACAAAGAAGAGACAUCAAAGAGUCUUCAGUUUAAGUCUUGUAAGUCUACCAUCGAUAAAAUAUCUAAUGAUUUACAUGGUAUUGACAGUGAAAACCCUGAGGAGAGUGACUCAGAACACAGUACAACAGAUUCGAGUUUGUCAGUGUCUGAUAGAGAGGAACCAAGAGAAAAGGAGAUAGUAAUUCCAGAGAAAACUUGUAACAAACUACCAAUGUUUGGAGAUAAAUAUUUUAUUGUGUCUGAGCCAUCUGAUUUGUCAGUUUCAUCCCGAAGUAAAUCAUCUGGGUCACGAAAAUCUUCUGGCUCUGAAGAAGCUAGAGCCAUUAAAAACAGAUGUAAAAGUAAGCAAAGUUCCUUUAGCGGGGCAGAUACAUCUCUUGAUAGCCUUUCUGAACUUAGUUUAAAUGCUGUGACAGAAAAUGUUUUUGAAGAAACUCCAGGUGUGAAAAAUAUCCAAGAUAACUCGGAUGAGUCACUCGAAAGUAUACAGAAUAGUUUUGCUCGAAGUACAACACCAUUGUCAUGUGAAGUUUCUGGUAGAAAUAGAGACAGACAUAGUCCUUUUGCCUUCUACUGCUCAACAUGCGAGAGACCAAUGAAUACAGAGAAGAGUUACAAGGAACAUUUACGUGGACAGCGCCAUUGUGAGAAGGCUGCUAAAGAAACUGCUCCAGAGAGGGAACACCCACUAACUGUUAAGAGCAUGAAUGAUUAUGGUAGGAUAGGAUUUAAGUUAACUACAACUACACCUAGAAGUUAUCAGAUAGAACUAUUUAACAAGGCCAUGGACAGUGACAGAGUUUGCUUUUUACCAACAGGAACUGGUAAAACUUUAAUCAGUUGUAUGACUAUCAGUGCCAUGUUGGAACAAAAUCCUACCAGACAAGUGAUGUUCCUGGUAGAUAAAGUGUUGUUAGUACUACAGCAGUCGGAGUAUAUCAGGAGAGAAAUUGGAGACAGAAAAUAUACAAGAUUUAGUCACACAGAUUUUUCAAAGUUGGAAGAGAGAAAACCUGUCAUAGCUGCCUUGUGUGGAGGUUUACAGAAAAGUGGAGGAGUACCUCUUUGGAAACAUGAUGUUAUUAUAGUUACAGCAGCAUUCUAUGAGAACCUGCUUCUCAAUAAAAUACUUAGAUGGAAUGACACUUGUUUGGUCGUGUUUGAUGAGACUCAUCACUGUAUAAAAAAUCAUCCAUUUAACAAGCUGCUCCAAGGAUAUCAUCGUAAAUGUCCAAAACAAACCCGCCCCAAACUGCUUGGUCUUACAGCAUCACCAGCUGGAAGAGAUUCUGUGAAAGAAACAAUAAUGAUGUUGAAACUGUUGAUGGACAAUCUGGAAGGAGCCAUGAUUGCUCUGGUGGAAGAAAAUACAUACGAAUUGAAGAAAUUUCAGUCUAGUGCACAAAUUGAUCCUCAGUACAUUGCAAUGUCGUCAAAAGAGAGGUCAUUUAAAGAAGAACUGCAGUUAUAUUUGCUGAAAUGCUACAUGCGCCUUGGUGAAGAAACUGAUUUGCUGCAACAUUUUGAUAUUGGGUUAACAUCAAAAACAAAACAUUUAACAGAGGAAGAGUUGCUUAAUUGUGCUAAAGAAGUUGAUGGAAGUCUUCUGAAUUCACUGGAGAUGACUAUUAAUAUGGCAAGACCAAAAGAAGCUUCAAAAUCAGGUGUAAAACUGUUCUCAAGGAAUAUCAUUAAGCAUACACAGAACAUUUGUAUUGCCUUGAAUGUGUUAAUAGAGUCAGGAGUUUACAUGGCUAUUGAAGAGUUACAAGAGCUAAUGGCUGCCGAACCCUCUGCAAACUUUGAGUUUGCUGAAGCCAUCCUAUUACCAUGCACAAGGAUAAAGGAUGCUUUGCAGACUUGUAUGAAUGUUGAAGGACCUAACUUAUCACUUCAAAAUCCAGAUUUAGAUACAUCUCCACAGUUGUCCAAGUUAGUCGAAAUUGUUACCAGACCAGAUUAUGUAAAUUGGUCAAAUAAAGAUGCCAUGGUUCUUGUAUUAGUGAAACAAAGAGAAACAGCUUUUAAAAUGAAACAGUUGCUGAGAUCCCAUGAUUCAAUACAAAAAUUACAACUGAAGGUUGAAGCUGUAGUUGGCCACGGAACCACCAGCGGCACUGAACAAGGUAUGACUGUGGCUCAACAAAAACAAAUAUUAGAUGACAUGAAAAGAAAGGCCAUUGACAUAGUUGUGGCCACAUCAGUCGCUGAAGAAGGUGUAGAUAUUCCAGAGUGUGAACUUGUAAUUACAUUCAACCCUCCAUCAACAGUUACUGCAUUAGUUCAAAUGAGAGGGAGAGCAAGAAAAAACAACAGUAAAUUUGUUGUGUUGUGUAAUAAUUCUAAAGAAAAGACAGAGUUAGAAGACUUAAUGAAGAAAGAAAGAAAUAUGAUAGAAGCUGCAGAGGUUAUUGUCAAGGAACAGAAAACUAGAAAAUUAUAAUGCUGAUAUGUAUAUAUAUAUCUCCACAAUUCACAUACAUUGUUUAACAUGUACAAUGUAAAAUAUUACUGUGGAUUCAUUAUUAGAUGUGGAAUACCAAUUGUCAUGGAUUUCAUGGGUAUAGCAAAACCUUGAAUUUAAAUAUUCAGUGUAGUACAAAUUUUCUAUAGGUUUGAAUGCAUACAUUGGCAUAACCACAAAAUCAAAUAGCCACCAAAAAUAUAAUUUUUUAUAUAAAUCCAAGAAAAUUAUUAUCCACAAAAAUUAAUGAAUACGCAGUGUCCUUUGUCAGAUUUAUCAAGACAAUAGUGUAGGGUACUUAAAGAUUCUUUUCUUUAGAAAAGAAAGAGAUUGUAAAAGCAGAGUUGGAACUUCCAGUAUAUAAACAUGCGAUAGAAUAAUGUUCCUGACAAAUCAUUUGAACAUCAUCAACUGAUGUUAUUUAUAGAAUAACUAAUCAAAGAAUUCAAAUACAUGUAUAGAAAAAUAUUCAACGAGUGACCGAACAACCCAUUAAUUCAUGAACGUAUGAGUUAAUUAUCAGUGUUUUUCGGUCACAAGUUGAAUAUUUUUCGAUAUUUGAAUUCCUCGAUUAGUUAUUCUUUUUAUUACAUUGACAAUGAGCUUUUUAAUGGAAAUAAAGAAGAAAAUGCAA